GUGGACAAAGAGAGGACGGCUUGUGCUUAAUGAUCAGAAAACAACACUCGCAGACGCUGCUGGCUUAGACAAGACACUGUGGACUGGAUCAGGAUACUGAGCGGCCAUUACAACUCAGAACCUGUGUGUUUGUUUAUGAGGGUGUGAUGGGAAUAAAUGUGUCUGCUGUCAUUUUAUCAUAAUCAGGAUUUGCUGAUGGUGAUUUUGCUCUCAGCAGGAUCGUUAUAGGAGGGGCUCUGUCUACCCAGGAGAGAUUCUUCUGCAGGAUUGUUGCUACACCGCCCCUCACGUGACAGCGCGAUCGAGAGGCCAUCGGAAUGGAGGCCCCUCUGGUGUGCCUGGAUGAGGAAUUUGAGGAUCUGCGGCCCUGCAAGAUGGAGGAGUAUGAAUCAGAGCCUCCCUGCCGACCUCACAAAAUCAUUCCUUUGGCCCCGCUGUGUCGGGAGGAUUUCUCCGAGCUGGAGAACUUCUCUGAGAUGAUGAGCUUCAAGUCAAUGGAGGAUCUCGUCAACGAGUUUGACGAGAAGCUGAACGUGUGCUUCCACAACUACAACACCAAGACAGAAGGUCUGGCACCUGUACGCAACCAAUCACAUGCCGAGGAAGAUGAAGAGCAGCUUCAAGAUGAAGACGUGUGGGAUGCUCUGACUGACAGUUACAUCCCCUCUUCUGCGUCCAGCUGGGAUGACCCCACUUCAGAAACACUGAAUGGCAAUCUCUCAGAUCAAGAGAUACAUGAAAAAGAGGAGGAGGAGAUGAAUGAGAAAAAUGAAAAUGCCAAUUGUCUGAGUGAAGAGCCCCUUAUUACAGCUGAUCAGGUGAUUGAAGAGAUUGCUGAGAUGAUGGAAAACUCGCCAGAUCCUGUAGAGACAGAGGAAGAGGAGGAGGAUGAUAUUGGGCUUUCCUCCUCUACAAGUAGCCCUUCCCUAUUGGAGGAGAUCCGCAUGCUGUCUCAGGCCUCCAACAACAACUGCUCUUAUGAAGGUCUGAGGCUCAUGCCGAGUUCAGCGCUGCUCGACAUCUUGUGUCGCGUGGAGUCAGCAAUACGUGAGUAUUCAGAGGAAUUAGUGACUCAGCUAGCCCGGCGGGACGAGCUGGAGUUUGAGAAGGAGGUGAAGAACACCUUCAUCACAGCUCUAAUGGAGGUCCAGAACAGGCAGAAAGAACAAAGGGACAUGAGCAAGCGCAGACGUAAGGACAAGGCCAUGAGCCUGCAAGGCUCUACUCGCACCGAGAAGACUGGAGGCAUGCCUGUGAAGCGCUUCAGCAUGGAGGGUCUGUCAAACAUCCUGCAGACGGGGAUCAGACAGACAUUUGGGACCUCAGGGACAGAGAGACAGUACCUAAACACAGUUAUACCAUAUGAGAAAAAAGGGACUCCUCCAUCUGUGGAUGACUUGCAAAUGCUCACAAAAAUUCUUUUUGCCAUGAGGGAAGACAGUGAGAAGGUCCCAUCUCUGCUGACUGACUAUAUAUUAAAAGUUCUGUGUCCUACCUAAAGUCCUGAGUGUGAUCUGCUGUUGGUGAGACUGUGAAGAGGGCAGGUCUCUUCAUUCCUCCUCUCUUAUACCCAGUCUUCAGGUCUCCAGCCCAACUGCAUGAGUUCCCUUACCCAUUAUCAGCGAGGGACCCUGAACAUCUAAUCAACCUUCUCUUGCUAAUCUAAUGACCUUUGAUCCCUUCUCAUCUCAUUGCCCUUCCAAUAUUCAUAUAUACACAAGGUUCAUACCACAGCGCCUGGUGCUUUACAUGUUUUCUACUAUGUACGUCACAAUGGGCAACAAGCCAUAUGGAACAUGUAAGGGUAAACUAUAAUUGGUUUAACUAUGAUCAGGUACUAUUUUUAUUUAUUUUUUUAAAGAUAAGCCUCUGACAUAAGGUGUUUUACACAAUACUCCAUUCACAUCCAUUCAGUAAACAGGUGAUGAGAAGGGCAUUAUUCACAAUCUUCCUGAGGUGUAGAUGCAUUGAUUUGAGAGCACAUUUGAAAAUAAUCCAUCCAGAAUUUCUUCUUUUUGCUGUUUUAGUAUUGUGGCUUAAUUUCAGUUGAGGUUGGUUGAAAAUUCAGCAUGUUUUAGUGUUCUACAUUAAUGCCAAGUUGUAGGGAAAAACCUUAUUACUUUUCUCUGUAACACUUAAUAAUAAGGUUAUAUUCAUUAACAUUAGUCCAUGCAUUCGGUAUCAUAAGAUGACAAGGAUUUUUGACAGCAUUUAUUAAUUUUUAAUUACAAAUAUAAUAUUGUUCAUUGUUGCAUUAAUUUGAUCAUAUAGAAGUUUUAAUGCAAAAAAAAAAAAAAAGAGUAUUAUAAUAUGUAGAAAUUCACAUUUAUCAAGAUUAAUAAAUGUUGUAAGAUUAUUUUCAUUGUUAGUUCAUGUUACCUAUUGUAUUAACUAAUGUGAAAUAAUAUAACCUUAUUGUAAUGUGUUACCCUUUUGCCAUUUUGGGUAACCUGAGAAUUGUAUUUUUUAUCCCAUGUAUGAAAUAUACAGUUCUUCAUGAUGCAAUGUUUUUGAAAAUAUACCAUUUGUUUAAUAAAACCAUUGUUUUUUUUUUUUUUGUAUUAACUUCACUUUAACUAACAUUAACUGUAAUUCAUUCCUUGUGCUUAUAUCUUUAAUGUAUAUAUUUCUUAUUUACUAAGGGACAUGGAGGAAUGUGAAGUAUUGCAGAGUUAUAGUUCCAAUAAAUGUACAAA